UCAUUUAAAGAUACCAUUAUCUGAUUCUAAAGAUUUGAAUCGCACAACAGACCAAGAAGGAAUAUUAUUCUCCGAUGGCGAUUUACGAUCUUUCCUAGAAGGUCGAGUGAAUUUGUCACAGAAGCAAAAGACUCAGAUUGAAGCUCAUCUAAAUAAACAAUCAUCAUUCGAUCAACGUAUAUUUUCAACAUAUUCAACGAGUACGAAUCAACCAGCUAAAAUAUAUACACCAGAUGACAGUAUAUUUUCUAGUUAUGGAACGGAGAACACGCAGUCGCAAAGUUAUUUAACAAAAUCACCAAUUUUUGAUUCGAAAGAUGUUAACACAUUCGUCGAUCUGGAAGAAAUAUUCGUCUCUGCUGAUGAUUUACAAUCGUAUUUACAAGGACGAAGUAACCUAUCGUUGGCUCAAGAAGCACAAAUUGAAGCUUAUUUAGCUAAACAAACAUCCUUGAAUAGAAGUACAUUUUUAAAAUAUUUCACAACUAAAAGUACGCCAACGAAAAUAUCAUUACCUGGCGAUAAAUUAGAAGUUUAUUCUAAAGGACAAACAAAUUUAGCGCUCAGCGAACCAAUUCAAUCAUCAGAAGUUGCUUUACAAAAUGUAACUUCUACCAUAGCAUUUACUACUAAAAAGCCAACUAGUAUACGACGACCUUGGCAAUCGAUUAUUAAUGGUAGUAAUGAUGUUGAUGAUAAUAUUGAACAACCUUCUGAUAUCUAUGCUGAUUCAACUGACAACAAGAAUGUAUCGAUUGAUAUACUUAAUGAAAUUUCUCAGUGGUCAUCAUCAACAUCCUUGAUCUCACCGUUACAGACAGAUACUUCUCUCAAGUCAACUAAGCAACCACCUCAUUCAAAAACAUCAAUCAAUACACCAUUAAAAGAAGCCCUAGUAACAAUCCCAUCAGAUACAACAAAAUCAGAUUUUAUAUUCAAUGAAAAAUCCCGAACUGAUAAUCCAAUUCAUCGACUAUCAGCAGUAUCGUCAUUAGAUCAACGAACUCAAGACACUUCUAAUGUAAGUCUCAUAUCAUCCACAUUAUCGAUAAAUGAUUCGUCAACUUUAAAAUAUCAUUCUCUCGUAACUCAACUCAAUCCAAAUCUCAUGAAUGAAAAUGUGACUCAACAUUUUAAUAAUUAUAAUCAACCGACAAGCAUUCAUGACGAUGACGAUAAAGUAAAUUUUUCUCUUUUUUCAAUGAAGUUUAAAUCAACAAUGGAUCCAAAAUUUUUACAAACUACUCCACGACAAUUAAUAUCAACUAAUGUUCAAAGUAUCUCAGCAGACAUCAAUGUUGAUCAAACUUCAUCAGACUUAAUAGCCAUUUCAGCUGAUAAUAUUACAAAUAUAAGUUCAUUAUCACUAGUGACUCAUCAAUCGAACACACAAAUUACCGUUAAUCAAACUCAAACAUCUUCUCCACAAAUUCAUGAUAUUAUAAUUCUUUCAAUGUUUCAAAAUCUUAGCGUUUUACAUAAUCGAUCUAAUAUAAAUGACACAUCAAAACCAUAUAAUACUGUGGAAGUUAAUCUUAAUGACGAAUCAAUUAAUAUUAAACAAACUUCAACAUCACCAAUUUUAAUCACAAAUGAUACAUCGAUUUUAAUUACAACAUCCGAUCAUAUUAAUCAAAAUAUAAAAGAUAAAAUUAACCAUAAACAUUCUUCAGCCAUGUCAGUAGAUGUCAAUGUUACUUCUACCUCUCACCCACCAUCAUCGCUUAUUGUAUCUAAUACAACCUUGCUUCCUUCACGUCGUUCACCUCUAUCAUCAAUAUUGCACUAUUCUUCACAUCCAUAUUCAAGCACUAAGUCACCAAAAUUUACUUCAUUCUCAUCACGAAAACUCUUUUCAGACACCACCAUCACUACUACUACUACCACCACCCCAACAACAAUAGCAACAACAACAACUACAACAUCAAUAGCAACAGCAACAACUACAACAUCAAUAGCAACAACAACACUAAUAACAUCAAUAGCAACAACAACACUAAUAACAUCAAUAGCAACAACAACACUAACAACAUCAAUAGCAACAACAACACUAACAACAUCAAUAGCAACAACAACCAUAACAACACCAACAACAAUGCUAUUAUCUUCAGAAAUAACAACAAUGCCUUCAUAUUCGACUAUUUUUUCGUCAUCUACUAGUACAUUACAAUCAUCACAUGAAUUUUCAUCAAUACAAACGACUAAUGAAGCUCGAACAUCACAUAUAAAACAAUCGAAAUUAAUUACUACUCUUGCUGAUAUGUCUUCUUCGCCUCCGGUAACAACGUAUCAACCGCAUUGGACAUCAACUAUUACUUCGACAUUAUUUCUUACUACCAAUGAACAAUUGCUAACAACAACAGUUGAUUCAUAUACAUCUAAACUUCCAGAAAUCUACAUCGAAUCAUCAUCAUCAUCAUCAUCAUCAUUAUCAUAUGUAAAAUCUACUGAAACAUUCACUACUAAUUAUCAAUCAAUAACAACUACUCUCGUUCCUACUACUAAUCUUGAUUCUUCUCCAACAAUAACAUCAGAUAAAACUUCAAUGGAUUCUACUUUAACUACUACGAAUGAAGAAAAUCUUUCACUAUCUAAUUAUCAACCAUUGGAAACAACUGAGACAUUACAUUUAUCAUCACUAAUUACUGAUCAAUAUCAAGAAGAAUUUACUUCAUUAAAAUUUGCAUCGACAAUUGUUCCUCACGUUUAUAAAUCAAAGAUUUUCUCGACGUUUGAACAUUCUACUUUACGAACUAGUUAUCCGCCAACAAGCAGCAUAGCUACAACAACGAUUACAUCAACUACCACCAGCACUACCACAACAACAAAAACUACAAUACGCCGAUAUAGAACUCGAAAAUCGAAGACAACUAGUUGGAAAACACAACCAUUAUCGACUAGUUUUUCUUCUCCAGCUACUUCCACCAUACCUUCAUAUCGAACAACCAUUAACACUGAUUAUAAAUUACCAACAUCUACACAAAUAUCGACUUGGCCUUCUGAAUGGAAUUUUCCUAAACAACAAGAGACAAUUCUUAUAAAACCAUCAUUAAUUAAAAAUAAUUCUAAUACACUUUUAUCUAAUGAUUUACUUAAUGAAAUAUUUAAUAAUCUAUCAACAUCAACAAAUUCUUCAACAGAAAAAUAUAUUUAUUUUAAUUUAAAUAAUUAUCCACCAUCAUCAUGGAAUUUAUCAUUAAAUUCAAAUGAUAAUAUUGUUCUUGAUGUUAUAUUACCAAUAUCAACUUCAUCAACAAAUUUAACAUUUACAAAUAUUGAAGCAAAAAGAGUAGUAACAAAUAUAAUUGGUAAACCAAUUAAUUUACAAGUUGAUCGUGUACAAACAAAACAAUUUUCAUUAGUAAUGAAUGCAACAGAUAAUAAUUUAAAUUCAAAUCGUACAAGAUCAUAUAUAUCUGAUGUUAUUAUUGGUCAUGUUAAAAGUGAACAAUUUGAAUUAAAUUUAACUAAAACAGAUAAUAUGCAUGUACGAGUACGACAAGUUGAUGCAGCAACAGCUGAACUUUAUCUUGAUAGUAAUUUUUGUACAAAUGAAAGUAGUUUAGAAAUUAAUUUAAAUCUUUCACAAAAUGGAACAAUUCGUUAUGGUAAUCGAAAACCAAUACAUAUUGGACCAGUUUUUACUCGAGUACAUAUGCUUAAACAAUCAUGUGAUCGUGAACAACCAUUAGCAUUAUUUUUCGAUAUAUGUGAACGAACAAAUCCAUGUUUAAAUCAUGGUAUAUGUCAAUCUAUUAUGCCUGAUUAUAAUGAUAAAUCAUAUUCAAAUACAGACACUGGACAUGUUGGUUAUAAAUGUGAAUGUCCAUUACAUACAUCAGGUGAACAUUGUCAAUAUUUACAAUAUCCAUUAGGUUAUUGUUUAAAUAGUGGAACAUUAUUUGAAACAAAUGAUAUAUAUAAUAAUACAAUUGAAAAAUGUAUUUGUACAAAAGGUUUUCGUGGUGAACAUUGUGAAGAAAAUAUUGAUAACUGUAUUGGUAUAACAUGUUCUAACCAUGGUAUAUGUGAAGAUGGUAUUGAUCAAUAUAAAUGUUCAUGUUUUGAUGGUUAUUAUGGUUUUAAUUGUGAACGUAAAUAUGUACAAAUUGUUUUAUUACAAGCAGCAAGUAGAUCAUUUGGUAUUGUUGCAAUAUUAUUAAUUGCUACUAUAGCUGCUCUUGUUGUUGCUAGUGAUAUCCAUACAUAUGUAACAAGAAAACAUCAAACAUAUAGAUUACCACAUAGAAUUCCACGUGUAAAAUCAGAAGUAUUUGAAAAUUCCGUACUUUUACUUGGAUUUAGUGAUGCACCUAUUGAAAUGAAUGAUUUAUCAACUGUUCGACAAUGGAAAAAACCAAUAAUAUUAAAACAACGUCAAACAAAUCGAACAACAAGAUUUAGAAAAACAACAGGUUAUCAACAACUUUCGAGAAGAAAACAAUUAACAAUCAUUCCAAAAUCAUCAUCAUCAUCAUCAUAUCGACGUUAUGCAGCAUCAAAUCGACUUAAUCAAACAAUUCUUUAA